UAUGCUCUGUUCAGAAAUCAAACCCUCUUCCUGGUUUUUUUUAUGCUCCCUGCUACCAUUAGUGUUUUGUGUUUUUAUUGAAUGAUUAAUUGAUUAUUGAUUAGCUCUGGCUGCUCUGCUGUGCUGCUGUUUUGUAUGAUCCACUUACAAAUCCUUUUUGUAUGAUCCACUUUGUAUUUGGAAUGUGAAGCAUAGAAAGAACUAAUCUAAAUUAUUGAAGUGAGUGCAAAUUAUAAUCAGAACAUUUUUUAUCGGAGAGUUGUGAGAAAAGCCUAGUCGACCAUCUAAUGAAAAACUUUGAGGCUGAUUUAGAUUCUACUUCUCCAACAAAUGUUGGUGUGCAAGCUUGAAGCAACAAAACUUUUGAAGAGAAUGCUGGGAAGAAGAAACUAGAUUAAUUGAAACUAAUUAGCACUUUUGUUAAAAACUCAUCAUAUGUAUUUUGGAAAUGUGAUUAGUCGUAGGAACUUUUCCAAAUCUUAACUAAUUAUAAGAAAUUUCUUCAGCCUGUAACUGAAAACAAUGCCAAUCUAAAGACAUGCUUUUUUCAUGUUCUCUUCAAGCCUCAAGGGAGGAUAUGGUGGGUGCGUGUCUUGUUCCCAUUUGAAGUUAAUUGUGCAGAGAGAUAUCGCAAAAGCGUGCUUUUGGACAAAUCCCCUCCAAUACCAAAGCAAAAGAAACUACGCCUUCUUCCUUGCUUGCUAUUCUCUUCUCUUUUGACACCAAUCCGAAAUUGAUUCUGAGAGCAUCUUGUCUUUUUAUCUGCAAAUUAAAGGCACCGAUGUGUUUCCCAGGUGGCGUGUAUCGACUUGCGACAUUUCAUUUGUAAAUCGUAAUCAAUCUAGCUUGGGAAAGUGAAAGUCAUGUACACUUAUGCUCAACUUUAUUAGCCCUUUCUAAGAGAUACCAACAGCUAGCAGCAAGGAUUAUAACAUUUUGAUCACAAGCCAUACAAAUAAAAGAUGCCACAGGUUGUAAAUCCCAGGCAGGAUAUUUUGCAUACCUAUUCCUCUGCCUGUUUCAGAGAGCACUUGAAGGAGCCAGCUGAUUCUAGGAUUUCCCAUGUGGUUUUCAGCUUGUUUUCAAGGCACCAUCGUGGCAAACUUUGUCUUGGUGACACAAAAGUUAAGCCUUUGAAAUUGAUGAGGCGCACAUUAUGCCCUUGUAGUAGAACAGGAGUUGUUGCAGAUGAACAUCAAGAAGACUUUCCUGAUGAAGAUGAGGACCUGUGUCCCGUUGAUUGUGUAAGGGAAUUCACGACGGAUGAAGAGUUCUGCAGGAUUCUGGACAAGGCUAAAGGAACAGGAUCUUUGGUGGUGGUAGAUUUCUACCGCACCUCUUGUGGAAGCUGCAAAUAUAUAGAGCAGGGUUUUGCCAAGUUGUGCAAGAAGGCUGGUGAUGAUGAAGCCCCGGUUAUUUUUCUAAAGCAUAAUGUAAUGGACGAGUAUGAUGAGCAAUCCGAGGUUGCAGAGCGACUAAGAAUUAGGGCUGUGCCUCUUUUCCAAUUCUACAAAGAUGGAGUCCUGUUGGAAGCAUUCCCAACCAGAGAUAAAGAAAAGAUUGUCGCAGCCAUCCUCAAGUAUUCAUCUCUUGAGCGUCAAGAUAUUUUGUGUUAACUUCAUGGGAAUGGAUCACUCAUGCAAAAUUGGUUCUACAUGACACAAGUUCUUUAAAGAUAAUUUUGUAGACCACACAAAAUAUUUUAGCCAUGUGAUUGUAUUUCACUUAAUUGGAACACUUGCUUAGUGCAGGGAUUCUCAAUUUCUCAUAGACCCUUCAGGGGGUUUCAAUAAAUAUUUUUUUUUUGUUAA